AUGCUUCUUCGUAACGUUUCUAUCCAGACUGGACUCUGCAAUCAUAAAAGACUGGAAGUGGUGGGCAUGCCUCAACAUUCAUUUGCUGUUCAUAUCUAUCUAUCUAUCUAUCUUAAUCUAUUCAUAUCUAUUUAUCGAUCUGAACCUGUUCAUAUCUAUCUUGCUUGUUCAUAUCUAUCUAUCUAUCUUUCUAUCUAUCUAUCUAUCUAUCGGUCGGCUAAUUAUCUAUCUAUCUGUCUAUCUUGGUCUGUUCAUAUCUGUCUAUCUUCUUUCUAUCUUAAUCUAUUCAUAUAUAUCUAUUUAUCUAUCUUAACUUUUUCAUGUCUACCUAUCUCAGUUUAUCCAUAUCUAUCUAUCUAUCUAUCCAUAUCGAUUUAUCUAACUCAACCUGUUCAUAUCUAUCUUGGUCUGUUCAUAUCUACCUAUCUAUCUAUCUAUCUAUCUUGGUUUGUUCAUAUCUAUCAUUUAUCUUUCUAUCUUAAUCUAUUCAUAUAUAUCUAUCUCAACCUGUUCAUAUCUAUCUAUUGA